AUGGCGACACAGAACGGCGAUGAGAGCGAUUCGUAUGACGAAUGUGAAGUGCAGCUAGAACGGUUCCCUCGGGCGUCCGAAUGGUCGCACACACCCGCUACACGGACCUUCCACCCCUUCUCCCGCCUUCCUGCAGAACUCCGCGCCAGAGUAUGGGCUUUCGCGGUACAUGACCAGAAAGAAGACCUCGGCAUCGCGCAUAUCGAUCUCGAAAACCAAGUCAACAUCCAUGAGGAGAAAGGAAAGAUUAUCGCAUACACGUUCCGUGGCUACCCUUCGCUCUUCUUCGUCAACCGUGAAGCCCGCUAUGAAGCUGCCAAGGUCGACGGAGGUACGUGGUACCCAUUGAUGGCUGGAGUAGAGAUCUACGCAAACCUGGACAAGGAAGAAGUUUUCGUCUUCUCUUGCUAUGAAGGUCCAGGCCUGGAGCUCGCGAUUCGUCGUUUUAAUGGAGGGAACAAACUUGAGUGCAAUGGCCGUGGCGUUUACCCUCUCCGGUAUAUCCAUGCCUGA